AAAUACGUGAAAGUAUUCGAAGAUCUCCAGCAGCUGGUUGAUCCGUCGAGGAAUAUGUCCAAGUAUCGACAGCAUUUAUGCGAAGUGUCGCACGAACCACCUGUGGUACCAAUGUAUCCGGUUCUGAAGAAGGAUUUGACAUUCACACACGAAGGGAAUCCGACUUAUUGUGGUAAAUUGGUUAAUUUCGAGAAGUUGCGAAUGAUAGCGAGGGCGAUUAGAACGGUGACGAGACUGUGCAGUGUUCCGUACGAAAUCGGGGUGAUGUCGCAGCAGAGUGGUGGUGUUCUGAAUGAUGCGUUACUGCAUAUGAAUAAUUUUGAUGGGGCAAACGGAGCUGUUGCAACAAUGCGAAAAGUUGGUGCAAAUGCAGUGAAAAGUGCAUCUCAGCCGCGCAAAAAAGUCUACGAGCAAGCGCUGAUGGUGCGUAAAGUGAAGUCGUAUCUGCAGCAACUACAAGUGGUGGAUGAUGAGCAUUUAUUGGAUAGAAUGUCGGCCGAAUGUGAACCUCAACAGAUCACGUCGAGUGUGCAACAGAUCCGAAGACGUAUACCAUCACCNCGUUGA